AUGCUGUCCAACUCCGAGACCGAUGACAACACUGGUGGGCUGUUUCGGUGGACUAUGGACGCGCUUUUCGGCCGAAGAGUAUCACCAUCGCGUAAGUACAGAACGUUUGCGCAGGACGACACCAAUUACAAUCUACAGCGCGAUUACAGGGCGCCGGAGCCGCAGUGGGACGGAGAGCCCGUGCGUGCGAGAAGUCGAGCGAAUUCGUUAUCGUUUGAUGGGGAUUUUCUGGAUAGGUAUGAACUUUUACCCGAAGAAGAGAUCAUGGACGAAGAAGAGAGAUUUUUGGGUGCUAGCAGGACGCCUCGCGGGCGAAAUAAUGCGAAACUCACAGAAGAGUACGACUUGGAUGCACCUGCUGGUUUUGAGGACCCAGACGCUCGCUUGGCCGCGCGCGAGGGGCCCACGGACACGUUCUCGAAGCGCAGAAGUCGAUCUAAAAAGUACGUCCGGAGCGGCGCCGAUGCGCUUCGAUUUAGACCUCCUACCAUGGAUGAUCCGCUUGUUUCGACUUUGCUAGACGGGCAAAGAUCGCGGGUGGGAAGAAAUCUCGUUGACGACGACCCGUCUCUCCGAUCAACGCUUCCGACUUCAUUUCCGGGCAAAUUUCCUUCGCCGGCGAAGGAGCGUCGCAUGCCACAGGACCACUUGCAAGACCCCAGUGCGAAAUUUCCAGCUAAGGACUACACAAAUAAAUACAUGGAGCUAUUGCAACAAUUGGACGCGAACUCCCAGCUCUUGAAGGGCGUCCGGCGAGAUUUCGUCGAAAAACGACAAGCACACGAGAACCGCGAUCUCAUGUACAGAAACAAAUAUCUCGGCGUCCGCCAAGAACUUAUCAACGAGCUACGACAAUCCAAGCGGCUCUAUGACAACUUUUACACACUCUACAACAAGUACAAAGCUUUAAGAAAGCAUGUCAACUACUCUACUGUGCCAGAGCAGCGCGUACGCGACCUCGAGGCCCAAAUUGUCGAUUUGACAAUACAGAAGGCUACAGAAGAGCGGAAAUUGAACGAGAGGAUCUUCAAACUUGAGCUUAGGCAGCAAGAACUGUUGAGCCAACAUGAAAAGGAAAACCUGCGCAACGAGUCACGCAUUGCGGAGCUUGAGUCACUCCUUAUGAGAACUUCACCCAUGAAGAACUAUAGUUCUGUGCAGGAUGCUCAAUAUUUAAACACGGUUGUACCGGGGGCUUAG